CGGCGGCGGGGCUCGGCCCGUAGGGGCCCGGGAGCAGCUGACCAUGGAGCCCCAGAAAACCACACCAUCCUCAAAGCCUCACCCACCUGUUGUGGGCAAAGUGACUCAUCACAGCAUUGAAUUGUACUGGGACCUGGAGAAGCAAGCGAAACGGCAGGGCCCUCAGGAGCAGUGGUUCAGGUUCUCAGUUGAAGAGGAAGACCCCAAAAUGCACACUUAUGGUAUCAUUUAUACGGGAUAUGCAACCAAGCAUGUUGUGGAAGGUCUGGAACCACGGACACUGUAUAGAUUUCGGCUGAAGGUCACCAGCCCCACUGGAGAUUAUGAGUACAGCCCAGUGGUCUCCGUAUCUACGACCAGAGAGCCCAUGAGUAGCGAGCACUUUCAUAGAGCUGUCAACGUGAACGAUGAAGAUUUGCUGGUUCGAAUACUUCAAGGAGGAAAUGUUAAGGUUGAUGUUCCCAAUAAGUUUGGCUUCACGGCUCUGAUGGUUGCUGCCCAGAGAGGAUACACCAGGCUUGUGAAAAUCCUCGUUUCUAAUGGCACAGAUGUGAAUCUGAAGAAUGGAAGUGGCAAGGACAGUCUAAUGCUUGCGUGCUAUGCGGGACACCUAGAUGUUGUGAAAUAUCUCCGAAGACAUGGAGCUUCUUGGGAGACUAGAGACCUAGGAGGCUGUACGGCUCUGCACUGGGCUGCAGAUGGAGGCCACUGCAAUGUGAUUAAGUGGAUGAUAAAGGAUGGCUGUGAGGUGGAUGCCGUGGACGCUGGCUCAGGGUGGACCCCACUCAUGCGAGUCUCCGCGGUCUCAGGAAACCAGGGGGUAGCCUCUCUGCUGAUUGACGCAGGAGCAGACGUGAACGUGAAAGAUAAAGACGGAAAGACUCCUCUAAUGGUGGCCGUGUUAAAUAAUCAUGAAGAGUUAGUCCAGUUACUUCUUGACAAAGGGGCAGAUGCAAGUGUAAAAAAUGAGUUUGGCAAAGGCGUCCUAGAAAUGGCCAGAGUUUUUGACAGACAGCAUGUAGUCUCCUUAUUAGAAGAAAGGGAAAAAAAGCAAAUGCCGAAGAAGUCGUCUAUCCGCUGACAAGGCACCGCUGACCUCCCAGAGCCAAGUGAAACAAAGCAAAACGUGACUGUUGAACUAGAGAGAGGAAAUUCUGCCUCUUUGAGGGCUAUAUAUUUGAUUAUUUAUGUAGUUGAAGAUUCACAGUGACUUUUGUAACACACAACUCUUCCCACUUGGAAAUACAUCUUUUUACCUAAGCACGUCGACUGCGGUGUCAUCGUUGGGCGUCUGCAGAACGGGGAUGUUUUCUUGCACUUGUGCCUUUUGGAGUUAGACAUGAAACAAAAUAUUUAUGUUCUGGAGCUGCACAAACAUACAUGGGUCUCCCACUUCCCGCUCCUGCCCCCCCGAGCUGUCCUCUGAGCCACUCCAGGCCCUUGUGGAAAUUCUUUCCCUCAUGUGUUUCCAAUUAUGUCCUCCCUCCCGACUUAAGGCCUUCCAGGCUGUGUUGUCAGGCUGGUGUGACGCUCCUCCUGAAAGCCCAGGGGGCCACGUGAAAAGUUUUCUCCUCAGCUGUUGGCCUCACAUCAAAGCACAAGACACAUAUUUCAAGACUCCGAUUCUGCUCUAUUAGAGGUGUCUGGUGGAGGGUCAGUCUUUUCAGAACAGACCUGUCUGAGAAUGUGUUUGCAUGUACUUAUGCCCUGACAAUGCAAGACCCGGCCUGCUGGCAUGUUGACGGCUUUGCCAACGAAUAGUAUAUUAAAUUUAGCCUUCAGACCAGAAAGGUUUUUGAUGCUGAUCACGCAGUUCGGAGACAAGUAGGAAUUAACCGCAGCUAGUCUGCCGGUUGGGAGCUUAGACAGACGUGGGGGAGCUUUAACUCGCAGACACGCUUACAAGUCCGCAAAGUGAGCGAGCAGACCACAUGCAUUUUAUGUCUCAGGAGACAAGCUGGUUAACUCGGCCCCAUGAGAAGACCAGCUACAGAGGUCUGCACAGGAGUGGAAUUUUCUCUGUAAGCAAAGACCGAUUAAAAGGUAAUUAAAGCACCAGAGCUUUGGGGGAAGGGCAAAGAGAAAAAGCACACAAUCAAUUUUAUUGAUGUUGACAAUUCUCAGCUUUUUUUCCAUCCAGUUUAUAGAACAUCCACUUUAGGAACUGGAUUUGUGGGUCAUAGAUAGUCCUCUCCUUAGAUAUUUCAUUAGUGUUUUACCUUUUGUACAAAUGCAUAGUCCUUUACAUUUGCUAGAUUAAUUUUUUUAAUCGCUCUAAAAAUCAGAGCAUAGUCACAACUUUCCAAAGCCCUUUCUUCCCCCAUGAUCAAUGUCGACAUUCCCCUUAAUUUCACUUCUUGGUCUGUUGUCUCUCUCAUAUUCACCAGCCCCUCUGUGGGAGGAGGGUACUUCCCUUCUUGUGGACAUCAGGCUUGGCCAUAUGAUGGGGCUGACUUUGGUCAAUGAAAUGUGAGUGGAAAUAGCUUCUCCUCUCUGAGCAGAAAUUUUAAGAAUCUCUGUCUCUCUUUCCUCUGCCUCAAGACCAGCCGUGAUUCAGACGGAGGCUGCUCCAUCAGCCCAGGGCCCCGAGAGGAGCCAAAGCUCACCCAGAAUGGAUAUGAUGUGUAAGAGAUAAACCUUUCAGGUUGUAAGUUACUGAAAUUUGAGUGGUUUGUUACUGCAGUAUAACUUAGCCAAAAACGACUGCUUAUCAGGGCCUAAUAUAUAUUUGUGAAUUUAAUUUUCUACAAAUGACACUAGCAUCCCUCAAAUCCUAUGGUUUCCAGUCUUACUUUAUUCAGAUUUUUAAAAACUCAGGAACGGAUAUUGAAUAUUAUCAAACGUCUUUUUAGCAUCUCUGGUAAUCAUAAUAUGGCAUAUUUCCCUACAGUCUAUCAAUUUGGUGACGUGGAUUAUUAGAUUUUUAAAUAUUGCAUCAUCCUUAUAUUCCUAAAAUAAUCUCAUUGGGUUACAGUGGACUGCUGGAGUCUAUAUACUCAUGUGCUAUGUGUAUUUGCCUUUUAUCUUCUUUUUUCCUUAAUGAGAUUAGAUGGUGGUUUAUCUUGUGUUUUAAUUUUCCCAAAGAAGCAACCCAGCGUUUUAUUAGUUUUAGUUUUUCCAAUUAAUUUGUACUUUUUUAUUUCUACAAAUUCAUUCCUUCUGUUUUUCCCUAGGUUUAUUUUUUUGUUUUUGUAAUUUUUUAUGUUGGAUAUUAAAUUCAUUUUUGUGUGUGUGUGUAUUAAUAUGUGGAUUUAGGGCUAUGAAUCGUCCCCUCAGUACUGUGUUUGUUAGUUGUAUUCCUCUAGAAAGUUUUCUAAACUUUCCUGAUAAAGAUUUAAUUGGGGGUACUUUUUAAAUGCAAAGUUCUAGGCCCCAUCUCAGACCCUCUGAAUUGGAAUAGUCAGGGUAGGACAUGAGCAGUGGAGUUUAAGAAGCAUCCCAGGUGAGUGCUUACAAUUCAAGGAGACUGAGAACCAAAGCCAGAGUGUGCUGUUACAAAUGGUUUCAUUUGCUAUUUGCUAGAUAAUCUGCAAUUCAUCUUUGACUCAAGGAUCGCUACAUUUCUAGGGCAUGGAAUUGUCUUUCUACUCUUCAUACAUUAUAAUCUUGAGAACUUGUAACAUUUGGAAUUUGUUUUACUU